AUCAGUUUCAAUUUUUUUUAACGACAAACUUACGUCGAAAAAUGAGCAGCGCUCCUCUGAAGUCAACUGCUGAGUCAGGAAAUAGAAGAGAUAGUACUAGUUCUAUUGGCGCAUCAACAUACAGUUCUGAAGAAAAACCAAAUGCGGGAGAAAAAUUCUUGACAGAACUUGCUCACAUUGAUCAGCCUGGUCGAGAACUCACUAUUGUUGCAAUGUCUCAUGCGGAAUCAAUGGGUUUGAUCUUUCCAAAUUGGGUUCGUGUCUGUUAUCGUCGUGGUCCAAUGGAAUAUCAUCCAUAUGAUAUGAAUAUGCCUCCAAAAUUAGUUCCUAGACCACCUUUACACUACAAAUUCGAUCCUCCGCUCACUGAACGUGGGCAAAUUGUGUCUGAAACUUAUGGGCGUGGUCUGUUGAAUGCCGGAAUUCGUCCAUUUGAAGUAUUUUGCUCUCCUGACAUGAAAUCAGUUCAAACUGCAGCUUUCUUGAUUAAAGGACUUGGUCUUUCCUACACCACCAUCAACAUUGAUCCAGCUCUUCUCAGCUAUCGUCAAAUGUUGCCGACUAAUUUUCAAGAAAUGUUGCUCUCUCCAAAAGCGUUUUUCAAUAUGGGUUAUCCAAUCAAUAUCCAAUAUCUUCCAUCGCAAGGAUUUAUUCGUGCAGAGAACAUCGAAGACUACAACUUGCGCAUUCAAGCAUUUUUCAAGAAAAAUAUUGCAAAAAUUGAGCAAAAACAAGUGGUCGUGAUUUCUGAUAAUGUGAUGGUUGACUUGACACGAAAUGAGCAUGUGGAGACUGUCGAUGAUAUUUUGCAAUGCAUCAAGAAGCCCACCUGCCAAAUGAACUUUAUUUCGCUCAAGAAAGGAGAGGCACAAAUUAUGGAUUCCCCAAUAUUGCCACUCACUAAGAGUCUUUACUUGGUGAAGCCAUUCUACUGGACCGAUGUUCCUCUUCAAUUAUCGGUUCCAAAUCAUCCUGAACUUAAUCAAAAUUGACUCGGAAUUGAAGAAAUAAAGUGAACAAGUUUUUAUUA